AUCACUUCAAUUUCAUGAAAAUCAAUCAAUGGCUAUGCUUUGUCAGUCCAGUGUUUCAUUUGAAAAGCGAUAGAUGAUGAAAAAUGAUUUAUUUUUAUUUUUUCGACGGGAAAAUGUAUUCUUUUAAAUAAAAUUUAACUUAAUUAAUUUAAAGAGAAGAGGCCAGGUUCAUGAUGGAUGGGUUUUCUCUCUGUGUAUGAGAGACUCGACUGGACUCAACUGUUCCGCUCCUUGAUGCUUCUUUUUGCCGUUCAGGGCUCUGAGUGACAGAAACAGCCAGUUUCAGAAAACCAACAAAUUUUUCUUAUCUCAUUCAUAUCAUAAUUCUCUCUCUCUCACAACUUGCCAAAAUAUUUUACAACUGUGUUCGAUUCAGGGUGAUAAUUACUCCAUGGUGCUAUUCCAGGUCUUUUAUGGCUCUUGAAGCUUCACGCAGAGCGAUAAUAGACGCUGGACCACUUGGUUUAAUGCAAUUCUUAGCCCUUUUGGUUUGACUUUAUUCAACUUUAUGAGUUUUUCCCUCUGGCUUACCCAAAUUACUGUUAGGUUUCCGCCAAUUUUCGCCUGCAAGUUGGAUUGUAUGUUUGUUUUGGUUGAGCCGAGGCUCAUACUAAGCCUUUAAGUGGGUCAAUUUUGCCAGAAUGUCUGUGAAUCGGAAGCUCUCUGGGUUAAAUGGCAGGAUGCCACCGAGUUCCAAGUCGGGCAAGUCAAAUGAAGCCUUGCAUGAGUCUAAUUCUUCGCUCAGGAAAUGCAAGAAGAAGAAGCCCUUUUUCGUGUGGGUUUUUCUUGGUGUUGUUGCGGUGGGAAUUGUGUGGUUCUUCUUCGUCAGUUCUCACAGUGACUCAUGGAUGUUGAGGAAGGACAAAAGGCUGGGUGAUUGUGAAGAGAGAGCUCGAAUCUUGCUACAACGUCACAAUAUCAGCAAAAAGCAACUUCGUGCUUUCGUUUCCUUGUUCUCUGCAUCAGAUCAGUCUAUAAUGCAGAUGUUAUCCCAAUGUAUUGGCGAAAGAAGAGUACAAAAGCUGUUAAGCAGUGACCUUGGCAGUACUCUGCAGAUGGUAUUUUCAGAGAAUAAGGAGUUUCAAAAGGAGCAUACAAGUGUCCCAGGCCAAGUUGAACUUAUAGAACAAUGCCCAGUUCUCAAUGAUUCUGUUCAGACAAACCUGAAAUCAUUACUGCUAGUGGAAAAAACUGUAUCAUUGGCCUCAUACUCUGCUAUCAUGUCCAAUUUGAUCAAUAAUUUGUUUCUUGGAAAGGACAUUGUGCAGUCAUGGGUAUUGGAGUUAGCUGCAAUUCAAGGUUAUCUGACUUUGUCUAUAGGAUGCUCGUGGAUUCUUGUUGGAAUUACAAUUUGUUGCAGAUUGGCUGGCUUUCCUUUAUUUUGGAAUCAGGAGCUGGUUUCACAGCCCAAAGCAUUGCAACAUUCUGCUGGGCAAAAUUCAAAGGGUGCUGGGAGGUGGAGGAAAAAGUUUUUAGUUACAUUUGUGUUACUUGGAAUAGUUGUGUCCAUUUGGUUGUUCUGGCACCUGAAUAACGAUAUUAUGCUGAGGAGAGAAGAAAUGCUUAUUAAUAUGUGUGAUGAGCGAGCUCGCAUGCUGCAGGAUCAGUUCAAUGUGAGCAUGAACCACGUUCACGCUUUGGCUAUUCUUGUGUCCACCUUUCACCAUAGUAAACAUCCAUCUGCUAUUGAUCAGAAAACUUUUGGUGAAUAUACGGAGAGAACAGCAUUUGAGAGGCCACUAACAAGUGGUGUUGCUUAUGCUAUGAAAGUUCUCCACUCUGAUAGGGAGCAUUUUGAAAAGCAGCAUGGGUGGACAAUUAAGAAAAUGGAAACUGAGAAUGAAACACUUGUCCAAGAUUGUAUUCCGGAAAAUCUCAAUCCUGCCCCCAUUCAAGAUGAAUAUGCUCCUGUGAUAUUUGCUCAAGAAACUGUUUCCCAUAUUGUAUCGAUUGACAUGAUGUCUGGAAAGGAAGACCGUGAGAAUAUCUUGCGAGCAAGAGCAACUGGAAAGGGAGUUCUAACAUCUCCUUUCAAACUACUGAAGUCCAAUCACCUGGGUGUUGUCCUUACAUUUGCUGUCUACAAUGCUAAUUUUCCUCCUAAUGCUACACCAGAGCAACGCAUUGAAGCUACUGUUGGGUACUUGGGUGCUUCCUAUGACGUUCCAUCACUGGUGGACAAGCUCCUGCAUCAACUUGCCAGCAAACAAACCAUUGUUGUAAAUGUUUAUGAUACAACAAAUGCAUUUGUGCCUAUCACAAUGUAUGGUACUGAUGUUGUUGAUACUGGGUUACUACAUAUAAGCAACCUGGAUUUUGGGGAUCCUAUGCGAAAACAUGAGAUGCAUUGCAGGUUCAAACACAAGCCUCCAUUACCUUGGACAGCAAUCAAUGCAUCAGUUGGUGUACUUGUUAUUACUUUGCUUCUUGGUCACAUUUUUUAUGCAGCAAUCAGUCGAAUAGCAAAAGUGGAGGAUGACUAUCGUCAAAUGAGGGAGCUCAAGUUUCGAGCUGAAGCUGCAGAUGUAGCAAAAUCUCAGUUUCUGGCAACAGUUUCACAUGAGAUUAGGACUCCAAUGAAUGGUGUUUUAGGUAUGCUGCAAAUGUUGAUGGAUACUGAACUAGAUGAAAGCCAGAUGGAUUAUGCUCAGACUGCUCACAUGAGUGGUAAGGAUCUCAUAUCAGUGAUAAAUGAGGUUCUUGAUCAGGCUAAGAUUGAGGCAGGAAAGCUUGAACUUGAAGCUGUAGAACUUGAUCCACGUUCUAUUCUAGAUGAGGUUCUUUCACUUUUCUCUGGAAAAUCUAAUGAAAAAGGAAUUGAGUUGGCUGCUUAUGUAUCCAACCAGGUGCCAGAAGUUGUCAUUGGUGAUCCUAAACGAUUCCGGCAAAUAAUAACUAAUCUUGUUGGGAAUUCACUUAAGUUCACUCAUGAUAAAGGACAUGUAUUUGUAUCGGUUCAUCUGGCAAAUGAAGUAAAGAGCCCACCUCACAUUAUGGAUGUAGUUCUGAGUCAAGGGUUCCAGGACAUGUCAGACAGAACCUAUAAUACAUUGAGUGGGUUUCCUGUUGUUAAUAGAUGGAAAAGCUGGGCAAAUUUCAAAAAGUUAAGCAGUAUGAAUCUGAUGAAUGACCCUGGAGUGAUUCAAUUACUAGUGACAGUCGAGGAUACAGGUAUAGGAAUUCCUUUGGAUGCACAAAACCGCAUAUUCACCCCUUUUAUGCAAGCUGAUAGUUCCACCUCACGAACAUAUGGUGGGACUGGCAUAGGACUGAGCAUUAGUAAAUGCUUAGUAGACCUUAUGAGAGGAGAAAUUGGAUUUGUCAGCGAACCUGGAAUUGGCAGUGCGUUUUCUUUUAGUGCAACUUUCAGGGCACCAAAAGCCUCAUCUGUGGAUACAAAGCGGCAGCAGUGCAACCCUUUUGUUUCAAAAUUUCAAGGUUUGAGAGCACUUGUGGUGGAUAGAAGAAAAAUCCGUGCUGAAGUUACUAGAUAUUAUCUGCGGAGGAUUUGGGUGUCUGUGGAUAUUGCUUAUAGUCUUAACUCAGCACGCUCUUAUCUAUCCGGUUCUUCCAACAAGAGUAAUUCUCAACAGUGGGAAAUGAUUCUGAUAGACAAGGAUGUUUUGGAUAAAGAAAGUAGUCUAUUGUAUGUCAUCGAGAAACAGAGGAAGAAUGACGUCAAAAGAGACCCGAAAAGUUUUCCCAAGAUUUUUCUCUUGGCAAACAACCUUAGUACUGAUGAACGUGGCAAGCUAAAAUCUGUUGGUGUUGUAGAUGAUAUACUAAUGAAACCUCUUUGGUUUAGUUCUUUGAUUUCCUACUACAGAAGGAAAGAACCAAACCUUGGGAACUUGCUAAGACAGAAACAUAUUUUGGUGGUUGACGAUAAUGCAGUGAACAGAAAAGUAGCAGAAGGCAUGCUACGAAGAUAUGGGGCAAAAGUAACUUGUGUGGAGGGUGGCAGGGCUGCUUUGAAGAUACUUAAGCCACCGCAUAAUUUUGAUGCUUGUUUCAUGGAUCUCCAAAUGCCAGAAAUGGAUGGAUUUGAAGUGACCAGACAAAUCCGCUGUCUGGAGAGGGAGUUCAAUGACAAAAUUGCACAUGGUGAAGCAUCAACUGAGAUGUUUGGUAAUGUGGCUCCUUGGCACAUGCCAAUAUUGGCCAUGACAGCUGAUGCAACUCAAGCUUCAAUUGAAGAGUGCAAUAGGUGUGGGAUGGAUGAUUAUGUGUCAAAGCCAUUCGAAGAAGAUCAGCUCUAUGAGGCAGUGGCACGUUGCUUUCGGUCUGGUUGAAGAGUGGAAAUUACCGGGAUUUAUAAUCUUUACCAAGUUAUGAAGGCAUCCUGUUACGCAAUGGCUGAUUGAUCUCCUGUCUAGCAUGUCUUCAACCAAGAAAAACAUAACAUGAUAACAACCAGCAAUGGAGAGCUGCCCGAAGGAUACUUCCUGGCUAGAAAUUCUCUGCAGAUAUAGUAGUGGUUGCAAACAGCUUCAAAACAAGGCAUGGCAUGCUGGCAUUAAAUGUGGGGCCUUGUUCAUUGUUUCAGAUGCUGAUUGAGAGUGCUAUUGAUAUUCGAAGGACAAGAAAGCGGUCAACUGGAAUAUUAAUGGAAAUUUUGUAUGUACAUAACACGCUUUUGUUCCCACUUUUCUCAUUUCUUUUUGUGUAUAUUAUAUUUAUAUUCGAGUCAAGGAAGUAGGAAAAGAUAUGGUGUUCUGGUGAUGAAGCCUGAUUGUAUAGCGUAUCUUGUUGCAUGUUGUAAAGUUUUAAUAGAGUUGAAAAUAGAAGAAAAUAAGAGUAGGAAAGAAAGUGGAUUGUAUGUAUACAUCUGAUCUCGGCGUCAUCUUUUAUAUUCUACCUAAGUUAUACCUUGAAAAGCCCUAGAAGAUUGGUAUACUUAAUGACUACAAUAUCAUGGAUUCAUUUUUGUGUGGGCACUUUUGAAGUAAUGGCCAUUGGCCUUAUGGUUUAGUAACUCAUUUUUGCUAGCGGGUUCAAUCUCGUUAGCUACUUCACGUGUUUA